ACGCGAUUCAGUGGAAUAAUAUCCUUGGCUGCGAUAUUGCACUUGUAUGGCAUAGAGUGUAGUAUCUGUCUAUGCGGUGCUGCGUAUCACGUAUAAUCUGGCAUGUACGCAACCCCUGUUCCAACUCGUGAAUUGUUCUAUCCCGACAAUCCUCACCAUAACUUGCACCUGCAACAAUUUGCAACGCGCACCAUCCAGCUCCCUCCUUCUAUCCCACUCCGUCUGUCGCUCGAUGAAAGAGUAGUUACACAUGCCAUUCCCGGCUGCCCACCCACAACCCAAUUCGCAACCAAGAUUCCGCCGCUCGUCGGCUUCACUCGUCAAGACGGAGUUCUCGAUGCCUAUCCCGGGCCCCCUACUAGACCAUGGACGGUGACCCAGCUGUUGAGCCGGAGCUCGACUCCCUCAGCUUGGCUUUUCCUCUGCCGUACCGCGUCGCCCUCAUCGUCGUGCUAGCCGUCUGGGCCUGGGGCGUCAACCUUCACUACCUCGACUUCAUCGGCAUCGACGUGCCCGCGCUGAUUCGGUACCCCGGCCGGCCCUCGGCGCACCAUCCGUCGCACCACCUGUCAACCUACCGCCUCGCCACCGCCCUCUCGGCCCUGUUCGCCUUCUCCCUGCUCGUCUUCUGGGCCUUCACGCACGGCGACUCGGGGCGCGUGCUUGCUUGGGGCUGGCUGCCGAUCGCGUACCUGCUCGCGCUGCCCGUGCUGCUCUUCCUCGCGCCCUUCUUCCUCCGCCGCUUCUCGCACUCGGGGCGGUCGCGCCUCCGCUCGAUGCUCCGCCGCAUCGCCGUCGGCGGCCUCGCGGAGACCAAGGACGGCAAGUUCGGCGACAUCCUCCUCGCCGACGUGCUCACGAGCUACGCCAAGGUCCUCGCCGACUUCUUCGUCGCGCUCUGCAUGUUCUUCCGCCCCGACGGCCGCUCCGCCUCCGCCCGCCCCGACCGCGCCUGCGGCGGCUCCCUCGCCGUACCCUGCGUCCUCGCCCUGCCCUACCUCAUCCGCUUCCGCCAGUGCCUCAUCGAGUACGUCCGCGUGCGUCGCGGCCGCUCCGGCGACGCGUCGCCCUCUUCCUCCGGCUGGGGCGGCCAGCACCUCGCCAACGCGCUCAAGUACGCGACCGCCUUCCCCGUCGUCAUCUUCAGCGCGCUACAGCAGCGGAGCGCCGCCACCGCCGACCCAUCCCUGUCGCCGCCCGUAGUUGCCAGCGGCUACUACCGCGCCUGGGUGGUUGCUUGCCUCGUCAAUUCUCUCUACAGCUUCUACUGGGAUGUGGCCAAGGACUGGGACCUGAUGCUAUUCGAGGACGUCGCUGCGGCGGCGCGCGAAGGCCCGGCCCGAGCGAUGGCUGGGGCAGAGAAGCCGUUUGGUCUACGCCGGCGCCUACACGUCGGGCCGGCGGGGCUAUACUACGUCGUGAUCGCGAUGGACCUGGCGCUGCGGUGCACGUGGAGCCUGAAGUUGAGCCCGCACCUCGGGCGCUUGGCAGACUGGGAAGGGUCCAUCUUCGUGAUCCAGGUCCUCGAGGUAUUCCGCCGCUGGGUCUGGAUCUUCUUCCGCGUCGAGACCGAGUGGAUCCGCAGCACGUCUCCGGGCGCUGGCGGGGGAGGAACGGGCGCGCUCGAGGCUGGGGGUGCCGGCGGCGACAUCAUGCUACCCGACUUCCAGUACGACAACUACAGUAAUCAUAAUAGUAAUUAUAAUGCCCCGGCCCCGGGGUAUCAUGACGACGCUUAGGAGGCAGGAGGCAGGGGGUGCCUACCUCCUAGAGUCCUCCUCGUCCCCCCUUUCCCCCCCCGUCCUCCACAUCCGCCCCGUCCCCUCCCGUCCUCCACGUCCUCCACUGAAGAUAGCAGGAGUUAGGAGGCAUAUGAAAGAGAGAAUUGGCAGGUAGCCAACCGGGGGUUUUUUUUCUCGGUGUGUAGCCUAAGGGCAAGGGCAUGGGCUCAGAUAGAAUCACGACAACGGGGGAUGGAGGAUCAA